UGUAGUACAACAUUAUCAAUAACUAAAAGUUGAUGUUUAAAUAUGGUGUGUCGGUACUCGAUAACAGUAGUCAUAACAGGAAGAAAGUUCUGCAUCAAUUAAUUAUUCACAAGACAAGUUGUGCAUUAUGUUCAAAACGAUAUUUUGGUGUUAAUGUUAAACCUGAAAAUGUUGAUCCUUUUAUGGCACCAUAUAGUGAGUCACCUAAAGAUCAGCAGCGUUUAUAUGUGUGGGGCAUGGCUGAACAUGGUGCUCUUGGUGAUUUAAAAAUCAGAUCCAGAGAACGUCAGAUACAGUUCAUAUACAGACCUGUGAGACUAAGAUUUUCAUACUCUCAUAAAAUCAAAGAUUUAGCAUGCGGUUAUGGAUUUACAGUUUAUGCUGUUGAAAGUAAUCAAUAUAAACUCUUUGGCUGCGGCUUAAAUACAGAUUCACAGAUAGGGUACCAUGAUCCGCGAAAAGGGCAUCCUUUAGGAUUGAUAUUAUCCACUGUACCGAUUCAGCUUCCUUUGAAAGAACCAAAUACUAAAAUAAAAGCAGUGGCUGCCGGUCGAGCCCAUUCGCUUGUAUUAACAAACACAGAAGGUGUUUAUGCUUUAGGUAGUAAUUGUUAUGGACAAUGUGGUCGAAAAAUUAUUGAAAAUGAAGACUUUAGUAAGCUACGGAAUGCUAAUAACAUUACAUUAGAUGAUGGUAUUUCAAAGAUAAUUUGUGGCCAAGAUCAUAGUUUAUUCAUAACUAAAACUGGUAAAGUAUAUUCAUGUGGAUGGGGUGCCGAUGGUCAAACUGGAUUAGGACAUUAUAAUAAUGAAUCCCACCCUACUAUUGUUGAAGGAGACAUUAAAGGUGAAAAAAUUGUAAAAGUAGUAUCUUCAGCUGAUUGUGUUUUAGCCUUAAAUGAUCAAGGAGAGGUUUUUGGUUGGGGUAAUUCAGAGUAUGGUCAAUUACUAUUAGACAGUGAUAAAUAUCAAGUCAAUACACCAAAGAAAUUACCUUUGAAUAAAGCUAUGGGUAAAAUCACUGAUAUUGGUGCUACUGGAUCAGCUUGUGUAGCACUGAAUGAUGAAGGUGUGGUCUUUGUUUGGGGUUUUGGUAUUUUGGGCAAGGGCCCUGAAAUGAACCAAAGCCGUGAACCAACUCCAAUACCGCCGAUUUUAUUUGGUAGGAAUCAAUAUAAUCCUGAAACACAAGUGACAUCUGUGUAUAGUAGUGUAUUUCACAUGGCCGCAAUUACAUCUGAAGGAAAUCUAUACACCUGGGGUAAAAAUAAAUGGGGCCAAUUAGGUCUUGGGCACACAAAAGAUCAAUAUUUUCCUUUACAAGUUUCAAUUGGCGCUGCUGUUAAACGUGUGAGUUGUGGAGUUGAUCAUAUGGUUGCGCUGUGUACACCAUACCAAUAAAACAAAACAAAAUCAUUAUUUGCAAUGUUUGAUUUCUAUACCAACUAGUUAAUAAAUGUAUUGUUUGUAAUA